AUGAGUUUUUCUACUAUUCUUUAUCAAUAUUCUAGUGAAUUGAAUGAAAUUGAAAAUGCUUGGCUCUUUAAUGAUUUAACUCAAGAAAUUUUUGAAAAAGCACAAAGAUAUAAUUAUUCAAAAGAACCAAUUAAUAAUCAAAUUAUAUUUCUUAAAGAUUUAAAAAAUAAAUUAAACAAACAACAAUUUUUAAUUGAAAUCAAUUCAAUCGAACAACUUAAUGAUGAAGAUUAUUUAAAUUCUGGGAAAGAAGCAUCUGAAUUGGCAAAAAAUAAUGAACUACGCAAAGAAAUUAAUCUGAUUAUUCAAGAAAUCACUAAAGAAAAGAGAUAUAUAUUGUGGUUGGACCAACUUUGUUUAACAGAAUUUACAAAUAUUUUUGUAGAUAUUUUAAAUCAUGAUGUCACAUCUGCUCCAUUUGUUAAUGAAGCAAGAAAGAAAUUAUCAAGAGAAAUUGAAGCACAAGCACUUGAAAAUGCCUUCCCUAAUAAGGAUAAAUAUUUAAAAUUUUUAAAUUCAUUGUUAGAUUAUUCUAAUCAUAUUGUAAAUGAAUUUAAAGAACUUGAAAAAAGAUUAACAAAAAAUAGAAGCCAUCCUUAUUAUAUUAAAUUUAAAACAUUUAGAGAUAAAGUUUUAAAUGGUCUUAAACAAGGUUCUGUUAUGAAGGUUCAACAAAUAGAAAAAGCAAUUCAAGAUCUUGAGGAGGAAACAAAAAACUAUUGUUCUAAAUGUAAAAAUUAUUUAAUGGAUGGACAAGAUUUUGAUGAUAAUUCUUUAAAAGAAUCAUCAGGUCUAAUUUUAUCACAAGAUAAUAAUGAUUUUGUAGUUUGUGAUAAGUUAGAAUUCAAAUAUAUAACUAAACAAAAUGGUAUUAUAGAUUUUAAUAAAUUAUCAUUUAGCGAUGAAGAUUUAAAAAUGGAUGAUUCUUCUUUGGAUAAUAGCAAUAAAUUUUGUAAUUAUAUUUAA